AUGAAUGGUAUUUUGAAUUCUUUAGCAUUGAUAGGACAAGGAGAUAAUGCAUAUGAAGCAGGUCCAGAAAUAAUCACAGAAGUUUCAAAGAUAAACGUUUGUUCCAAUGGAAGAAAAGUCAAUGAAUUUAAUGCUUCUCUUUUAGAUCUUCUUGUAUUCUUAGCUUUUGAUUAUAACUGGAUUGCUGGAGACUUGAAUCUUGGAAUGUAUAAGCAAAAUAUUUUCAAGGAUGAUUUCUUUUGCCAAGCAACAUUAAAUGUAAAUUCUGUGACUGUUCAUUCAUUUCAAUCAUUGAAAUCUUUGCUCUAUUAUGGAUUAGAACAUUCACAGAACUACUCAAAGCUCUUCUUAAUUUGGUUGAUAGCAGGUGCAAUUUGCAUUUCAUUGGCGGCGACAGUUCCGGUUUUUCUUGUUAUUUUAAGUUAUAAGAAUAUGGUAAACAAAGCAAUGAAAAUGCUGCUGAACUUGAACGCAUCGAUCAAAGAACAAGCUAAAAUCCAACUUCGAAUUGAUAAUUUGAAUAAUAAUGAUACACUUACUGCUCAAAUUGACAGAAGUCAUGAUGCAUCCCCAUCAGUAGUUCCUUUAAUUAAUUUCAUCAUUGUUGUUGGAAUUGUAGUUAUGUAUGCAUUCGAAUGCAAUACUGCAAUAAAGUUGAAUGAUUCAACAAGUUUAUUCACCAAAUGGUUCUAUCUUUCAGCUCAAAGAAUGGUAACUAUCAAUGAAAUUGCCUCAAAUUGUGUUCAACUCGUUUUAUUAGGUGAUAGAAAUCUUGAACAGAAUGUUGUAGAUCAAGAGGAAAUGGAAGAAAGAACAGAAGAAUAUAUCCAUGUCUUACAACUCCUAACAAGUAUUUUAGUUAAUGGAAAUGAAACUCUAAAAGCAUCUCUUGGAUAUGACAGUACUUUAGACGCCUAUCAAAUAUCAGAUACAUGUGAUUUAGGCUACAAUCCUAGAACAGUUCAUGAUAUGUAUGCAUGCACAUCAUUAAGCAAGCAGUUGGUAAUGUUUGAAUCAAUUAUUGAUAAUAUCCUAAAGAAUCAUCAAAAUUAUGGUGGUUCUUUGAAUCAAGAAUAUCCACUUAAUUUGCUACACAUUUUAGAGUUUCACAUCUUUCCAAAUAUCCUAAGAGUUUCUGAUAGAAUUGCCGAAUUAGUUGAGAAUUAUUUCGAUCAAAACAUGCUCAUUAUGUUGAUUUUGACAAUCCUUGGAUGUGCAUUGGCAUUUGUAAACUUUUUGUUAUCACUUUCAUACAGAAAUCAAAUGAUUACAACUUACAGAUUGCUAUUAGUUCUAUUCCAGAGAUUACCACCUGAAGUUAUUAUCAAUAACAAAGAAAUUCUUGACUUCUUCACAAGAAAGAAGAAAAAUGAUGACGAAGACAAAAUGUCAGUCGCAAAAUCAAUUGUUUACAAAGCAAAAGAAUGCAUUGUUAUCACAAACGAGAAUGCAAUUGUUGAAAUUGUUAAUCAAAGUUACACAGAUAAUACAGGAAUCCAACCAGAUCAGAUGCUUGGCCAAGAUAUUUUGAAUUUCAUUGCAAUGGAAGACAAUGAUAAAAUAAAUCAACAGAUUCAAUUAAUGUUGAGUGGACAAGGAUCAUUAUUCUGGCAAGAUCACAUUAAACUCAUUAACGAUAAUAACAAAGCAAUUCCAUUCAUUGUUCAAAUGAUCGGAAUGAAAGAUAAGGAAAAUUCAACAAAGGUCGAAUCAAUUGUUUUCAUUCUUACAAACGAAGAAGAAGAAAUUAAGAAAUGA